GGGGAAUCGGAGCGUCAGUCAGUCAGUGACCAGCGGCUCCUCUGCCCGAGGGGUCACCGCCAACCAUCACCCCAAUGGCCGUGUGAUACCACCCCACCCUCUUCUUCUUCCUCCUCCUCAACCCGGAGCCGCCGCCGCCGCCGCCGCAGGCAGCAAUAUACAAUCAUGUGGAAGUGGUACUCUGCAGAUGAUCCAUCCCCUGCACAAGCAGGGGCACAGGACUCCCUGCCCGAUGUUGGCCAUCAGUCUGUGGCUGAUAUAGCUGAGCAGUUGGCCCAUACUCAGCAACUGGUACUACAGCUGAAAGAGCUAAUUCGAGAUAAAGACAACCAACUUGGCGUAAAAGAUCGACAACUUAAGGAAGACAAAGAAGCGUUUGAAGCAAAGCUUUCCAAAAUAAAGCUUCAGACAAAAGCAAAAGUUACUUCAUUAAAUGCUCAGCUGGAGGAUGUAAAGAAACAACUUGGUGUAUCUGGUUCUAAGGAACAGUCUUCAGGGAAACACAAGCAAUCAGGUGAAGGAGAUCAGGAAAAUGCAGCUGCAAAUCGAGGUAAAAUUUUGAUGUUAAGGAAAAAGGUCGAAGAGCUGGAAUCGCAGGUUCUUCAAAAAGCCACAGAAUUAAAGAAAAAGGUGGCAGAUCUCAAAGCCCAGCAGCAGCGUGGCUCAGAGAUGGACUUGAUGCUCGCUGAGAAGGACAAGAAACUAGCAGAAAAAGAGGCUUAUAUUAUUGAGCUCCAGUUAGCUACUGUUUCAGACCAAGCACCUAAACAAAUGAUUCUGCCCAGUGAAGAGAUUAAGAAAUUGCAAGAUCAGCUUGUAGAGAAAGAUGCUUCCGUUCGAGACUUACAAUCGAUGGUUCACAGCCUGACCAGGAAAGUUGAGGAGAGUGAGGAAAAAUUCAGCUUUCUCCAGGAGGAAACAGAAAAUUUGAAGGACCAGCUUACCAAAGAGAAGAACCAGUAUCAAGAGAAAGAAGCGAUGUACAUGAAAAAUAUUCAAGUGUUUCAGGAAAUGAUUCAGGAAAAGGAAAACAAACUUAUUGAACAGGCACAGAAGCAUGAGCAGGAACUGUUCAUCGUGGCAGCAAAAUCAGAUGCCAGUGCUGAUUUUGACCAGCUGAUGAAGGCCCUCAAACAAAAACUGCAUGAAAAGGAGGAGGUACUAUUAGGAAGGACCCAGGUUGUAGAUGUGCUGCAGAAAGAACUUGAUGGGAGAGACCAGCACAUAAAGGAGAUAACUGAAAGGUUAAAGCUGCUUCAGUUAGAAAAAGACAACAUUGAAGCGAAACUCGAUGCUGAAAAGCAUAUAAUGAGAGCGCAGAUCAGAGAUCUGAUGGAGAAACACGAGACAAAUCUGAAGAGCGUCAAAGAAAAGCACAGCAUUGAGCUGAGUAACAUCAGAGAGAAACAUGAAACAGAACUAUCUGAGAAGGAGCAACAACUGGUGCAACUUCAGAAUCAAUUAGGCUUUCGUCUCCACGGACACGACUCUGCAGAGCUGGUGUCAAGUACUUCUGUGGGUGCGGCUAGCAGAGAGCAAAUUGAAAAAUUGCAAGAACAAGUGAUACUUAAAACCGAAGAAGCUGCCAAAUCGGAGGCCAAAUUCCUGAAAAUGAAAGCCUGGUCCAAAUCAAAAAUCAGGCAGGUUGAAGAAGAGCUGAAACACGCACAGUCCGCACCUCUAUACGAUGAGCAAUUGGCCUUCAAGCAAAGAAUCGACGAAUUAGAGAAUGAGAAGGAAGAGCUACAGCACAAAUGUACUGCCUUUGAAGAACUACGAUCGCAGAAUUAUGAACUACUGGCAAAGUUAGAGCAGUACGAGGAACAACAACAGAACAUGCAGGCAGAUCUAGAACAGGUUACGAAGAGAGCUGCUUCCCAGGCAAGUGAAUCUGGCAGUGCAGAUGAACUGCAGAGUAGGCUGCUGGAGUGGCAAGAGAUGGUUUCUGAAGCUACGUUAACUCGGGGUCAGGCCAAGGAAGAGAAGGCUGUUAUGGAACUACGCAUGGCACAGAUUGAGGAGGAAAGAGAAGGACUGAUUGAGGAUGACUGGUUCUUUCCUGGCUGCUCCGAUCCAGCAUUGGUCUCAGGACAGCAGGAGUUGGAGGAGGAACUGGUGCAACUUCGAAGACUGGGCAAGCAGCAAGGACAGAGGAAAAGAGGCAUAGACAACUCUAAUCUUCAGGACGAGUAUGAAUAUGAUGAGAAAAGGCACUUUGAUGACUCCAGCAUCUGUAUGGAAAGCCCUGAUAUUAGUGGAGGCGAGAACAUGGGAGGUUUGUGGCCAGAUUACAGUUCCCACCAUACAGGACUGCGGACAGUUGUGGAGGAAUUGGAACUGGAACGAAACAGCCUACAAGAGCAAAUUCUCGUUCUGGAGGAACGCUGUCAGGAGUUGGAAGAUAAAGCGCAGCUCCGUGCUAGAAUUGAGACACUUCAGGUGACGUUUGGUGUAUAUGAAGAGGGGCAGCUCCUGAGGCUUACCCAGAAUGAAAUGGAUCGUUUCCAGAGCCAGAUCUCACUUCUGCGCACACAGCAGCAACGAGACUCGGAGAAACACCAGCAAAUUGUUUCUAGUUUGAACGAUCAGCUGAAAGAAAUUCGUGACAAAAAAGACAUCCUGGAGACUACACUGGUGGACAAGGAAAAGAUUUUGGUAGAAGCCUCAGCAAAAUUACAAGAGAUUGAUAAAUUGAAGGAUUUCCUGAACGAGCAAGAACUAGACAACAAAGAUCAUUGUGCAAAACUACUACAAACUGAAGAAAAUCUGGUGGAAGUUACUAAAAAGUGUAAAGUUUUUGAAGUAGAAUGUACUGACCUGAAAACGACAGUCCUUGACCUCACGGAGAAACUUUCUUCAAACAAAGAAAAGGUCCAGAAACACGAAUGUGCAAUGGAGGUGCUGCGCGAGGAUCUCGAGCAGACAAAUGAUGAGCUAGAACGGCUUAACUCGAGUCACUUGGAGGAGAGAGCUCGCCUCAUUGAGGACUUGCAAAAUUGUGAGAGAGAGAUGGAUACACUUAAAGAAGGCAUCGUGGAAAAGGAGAAUGAACUGGCUAUCAUUUCUGGCAGCCUAGCAGAUCAUUCAGAACAAAUUGAGCAAUUGAAAAAACAAAUUAAAUCUAAGGAACAGCAAGCUAGGGAUCUGGAAGCGAGCUUAAUUAAAGCUGAGCGGGAGGUGCUGUUACUCAAGGAGACACGGGGUGAAGAUGAGCAGGAUGUCAACAUCAGGAUUUCUUCUCUUGUAGAUCAACUCUCUAAUAUCGAGUCUGAGCUCAAAACUGCUCAAGAUGGAAGUGAAGCGAAAGGGAAAGAGAUUGAAAUCCAAAUGAAACAAAUUAGGGAAAAUAAUGACACAAUUCAAAGUCUUCGUUCAGAAAUACAGAAGCAGAAUACAUAUUAUCUUGCUCAACUUGCCGAAUGUCAAUCACAGAUCUCUUCACUUAAAGAUCACAUUGCAGUGACCGGUCAGAAGCUUCAGGAAACCAGUGUCGCGAAUGAACAAGAAAUUGGCCUACUGAAAGCUCAACUCAGUGAAAGUAGCUCAGCUAAGGAUGAACUGAACCGUCUACUCAAGGAAAAAGAGCAGAGUUUUGAAAGUGGAAUGAAAACCUUGAAAGACCAGUACAACAUCAUUGCCGCUCAGGCAGAUGGAAAAGAUGACGAACUCGUGAAAUUAUCCAAACAACUCGCUGAACAUACGGAACAUAAAGAAUACGCUGAAAAGACAUUGCAGAAUAAAACAGAGAUGGUUUCCAAUUUGGAGCAAAGGCUUCAAACUGUUGAACAAACCAACAGUCAACUAACUCAAGAAGUGCAAAUCAGAGAAGUGGAAUCUAAAGAGUUAAAAACACAGGUAGGGGAGCUGAGCAGAUCAGUGCUAGACUUGGAGAACCAAGUGAAAACACUGAAUGGAACAAAUACUCAACUGCAACUUACACUGGACAAAAAUGCCCUGGAUUUUUCAGAACAAAUUAAACUUGUAUCUGAGUUAAAUGAAAAAUCUGCUAAUUUGAUGCAGAUCCGGUCCAGCUUAGAAAGUCAGGUGAAAGAUCUCACCAUUGAAAAUAAAACUCUUAAAGAGUUGCAAAGUAAUAAAGAUGAUGAACUUUCAAACAAAACCGUUCUCAUGCAGGAACUUGAACACAAAAUAGAAUCUAAAGAAGUAGAGAUUUCACAGUGUAUGAAGACCAUCUCCCAGCUUCAGGCAGAGAAAGACAACUUGACUCCCAAGGCAGAAUACCUAAAAAUAAUGGAGCAGAAAGAAAUGACACUUGUAGAGCAAUUGGAUGGGAAAUUAAAUGAGUGUACUGUGCUGAAAAAUCAGCUCUUAGAGCAUCAAAAGACUACUGAACACACGCAAGGUCAGGUGACAUCUCUGACCACGCAGCUUGAACAACUUCAGCAUCUAAUCACUGAAAAUAAGGAUGCACUGAGCAACAAAGACGCUGAAUGCAUUUCACUCCAAAACCAACUUCGCCUCGGACAAGAGUCGCUGAUGCAGUUAGGGAACCAGAUGAAUAUUGGGCUUGUGGAGAAGGAUGCAGCUCUAAAAGAAAAGCUGUCUGAAUGCAAUGGCUUACAGAACCAACUAAGUGAGCAACACGUUGCCAAAAACUUACAGGAUGAAGUGCAGACAUUGGAAGAAGAAAGAAAUAAACUGAGGCAAUGGUUGGCUGACAAAGAAUCUGCCGCAAAUGUUCAGUUUACUGAGCGCCUCAGUCUGCAGGAACAGCUUGACCAGAAAACUGAUAGCAUUGCAUUGUUACAGCAGCAAGUGGAAACAUUGACGAUUCAGGCUGAAAAGGUUCAGAGGGAAAAUAAAGAAUUCCAAAUCUCAGUGAGCAAGAGGAAUGUUGAAUAUGAUCGACUCCAGGGGAAAGUAAAUGAAAGGCAGACUGCAGCUGCACUGCUGGAGGACCAGCUACAAGUUUUGAACGCUGAAAAUGGCAAGCUUAAAGACGAGUUGAAAGAGACGAUCUCUGUGUUGGAGAGUAGAUCCAAUGAAGUUGUAUCCCUUCAGAGUCUCCUGUCGCAGCAAGAUGAAAUGACAGCGUCACUGAAAAACGAAAUCAGUAGCUUAAAUUGCACAGCCAAGAAACUGGCGUGUGAACUCCAAGAGAAAGAAGGCACUUUAAAUCAACAAGUGUUAUCGCUGCAACAGUUUCAGGCUAAAACGUCACAAGAUGAAACGCACUUGACACAAUACAUGCAGAUAAUUGCGCAGUUACAAAAUCAAGUUCAAGCGUUGGUGUCUGAGGCCACUCAACUUAAACUAACCCUGCAGGAAAAGGAAACCUUGGUUCAACAGCAAACCAAAGACAUCUCAAAUCUCCAGAAGACUGCAGCAGAGUUUACCGUACUCAAAUCACAGUUUGUAGAAAACAUGGAAACCAUCUCAAAACUUCAAAACCAAAUUCAGGACAUGACUGUUCACUCUCAAGAGUUCAAGCAGAACAUGGAGGCAAAAGAUGUAAUGCUCGCAUGUAAAGUGGGAGAUUAUGUCAAACUGAAAGCAGAGCUUUCUGAAGCGCAGGACACCGUUUCCCAUCUCAGGCUGCAGUUGGCAUCUGGGAGCUCUGAAGCAGAUCAGCUGAAGGUUAUUCUUCAGGAGAAGGAGUUGGCUCUCACACAAAUCAAGGAGAGUAGCACCGUGUGGAACGAAGAGUUAGCUCUAAAGAUGCAGACAAAAGAGGGUGAAUGUGAAAACUUUAGAGGAAAGAUUAUUAGUCUUGAAGAUACCAUUUCACGGUUGAAUAAUCAAACAAAGGAGCAACAUUUGGAAAUCAACCAAUUGAAGGAAGUUCUUUUGGGAAAGGAAUCUUCACUCUCACAGCAGGGCAAAACACUGAGGAAAUUGCAGGACAAAGUGGGUGAAAUUGAUCUGUUGAAAUCUCAAUUUACUGAGAGCACUGAGCUGACCUCUCAGCUGCAGAGUCAAGUGCAGAAUUUACUUUUUGACUCUAAAAAAUGCGAACAAAUGCUGCAAGAGAAAGAAAUUGCAUUCACCCAUCUGCAAGACCGGUACGCUACCCAAUCUGAACAGUUGAAUGAACUUGGUGGAAUACUUAGUUCGAAAGAAGAAGAAUUAGCAGGUCUUCGGAGACAGCUUCAUGAAAAGGAUGAGACUGUUCAAGUUACAGAGAGUAAUGUAAAUGCCUUGAACAGUGAAGUUGAGGUAUUAAGACAGGAGCUGGAAAAGGGUCGCUUGUCACUGAAGGACUAUGUCAAUCUUUUGCAGCAAAGAGAUGAAAUGCUUGUUGCAAAUGAAAAGAAUACGGACACCCAGAGAGCAAGUCUAGAAAUGCAAAAAGAGCAAUACAAGAAAGUUGAAAAGCAGCUUGAGACGCUCAAUCAGAAUAUGCAACAGAAGGAUCUGACCUUGCAAACCCUGCAGGAAAAAUCUCUAGGUCAAGCACAGCACAUAGAGCAGCUGGAGAUGGAUCUGAGGGUUUUGAGUGAAAAGUCAUCUCAAGAAAGUCAAGACAAAAUUGGGAGCAUUCAAAAUCUUCAGCAGCAAUGUGAUCAACUAUUUCAAGAGAAAGCACGACUGGAGCAAUGUGUUACCAGCUUAAACCUAGAAAAGCAGGAAAUGGAUGCUUCCUACCAGAGCCAGUUGCAGCAGAAAUUGGAGGAAUUGCAGGUACUUGAAGAAAACAUUGCUACCCAUAUGUGUCGGGCCAGGGAGCAGAUUGAUGUUAUGCAACACAUGAAGGGAGAAAAUGAGCAUCUUCAGACACAGGUCAGUCUUAAGUCAGAGGAAAUUGCAGGACUGAAAUUAGAGAUUCAGGAAGUCAAGCAAAUUCUGAAGAAAUCAGAACAAAAGUUGGCAGAAUGUGCUAGAGAAGCAGAGCAAAUCAGCCCACUGACAGAAAAACUGGGGGAUUUAGAGAAGAAAUUAGAGUUGAAAGAUGUUAACAUUGGUACUUUGCAGCAGGCUUUUGAUACUUUGCAGGAACAGCUCAGCGAACAAUCAUUGCAAACCAGAGCAAAGCAGCUGAAAGAACAAGAAAAAUUGGUAUCCACUUAUAGCCAACAUGUUGAUGAAAAACAAGCUAAAUUGGAUGAAUUGGUUUUGAGCAAUGAAUCUAUAAUAAGUGAGUUGAGGCAACUGCUACGUGAGAAAGAACAUGAAAUUGGAAAUUUGCAAAAUAGUGCAUCAGCAAGGGAAAAGGGUACAACAGAAAUGACAGAAAAUAUGGCAGCAAAAUUAUUGAUUUCCGAAGAAGAAACGUUUGCAUUGCAUAAUGAGCUCAAGCAAACUAAAUCAAUUCAUCAUUUAGAAUUAGAAACUUUACAAGGAGAAAUAGCUGAGCUUCGAGGGACAGAGGAGCAAUGUCAACUUAAACUGAAACGACAAAGUGAUUUAGAUGAAAAUGACCAACAAGCCAAUUCAUUGCAAGAAGAAUUCAAUAAUUUGGAGCAGGAGUUAAAGAAGAAGACAGAACAAUUAGAUAGUGCAAGUAAAGAAGAAGCUCAACUUCUUGAAGCCUUACAGAAGAAAGACCAAGCAGUAUACACUUUAACUGUACAGAUUAGUCAACACCAAGACUUGGUGACUUCACUCAGUCAGCAGCUAAAAGAGAAAGAUGCUUCUAUUCUGCACCUUACAAAAUCCAUAUCAAGAGAAAUGGUUAAAGCAGCAGAGGAGAAAAAACAACUGGCUGAUGAAGUGCAAACCCUUGAGAUGCAGCAACGUGUUUCUGAUGAAAACAUAAAGAAGCUUACUGAAGAAGUGAGGGAGUUUAAGAAACAAACGGAACAGCAAGAAAUGCUUGUUCAUACAAAGGAAGCCCAGCGUCUAGAACUCACUACUGAACAGGAGCAGUUACAUUCACAAAUUGGAACGCUGACAAAGGCGAGGGACCUUCUCAAGAAAAAGUUUCAAGCUGCACUGGUUACCAGAAGGGAUUUAAUGAAGAAAGUGGAAGAGUUGCAACGAGAAAUCACUGGUGUUGCUGAGAAAGAGAGGAAAAUUACCGAACUGCAAGAGACCUGCAAGGUACUUGAAGAUCAGGUACACAAGUUAUCUUCUGACUUGACAAGUGGUCAGAAGCAGAUUAAAGAACUUGAAUUGCACCUGGAACGACUAAAACAACAACUGAUGGAGAAGGACAGUGAUCUGAAUGCCCUCAGUGAGAGCCUUUCUGACAAGGAAACAUUCGUAGACCAACUGCAGCAAAGUGUGCAUGAAUGGGAAAAGGAAAAAGAAGUUCUGUCUGCCCAGUUACUUCAGAUGGCGAAAGAAAGAGAUUCCUUGAUCGUAAAACAUCAUUCUGAAUUGGAAGAAAAAGAGAAAACGUUUGAAGUUGAACGCUGUCAAUUCCACUCUAAUCUUGAAAAGCUCAACAUGGAAUUAACUAAAAAACUGGAACAUUCAGGUGGAGAAAGCUCCAGUAAAAGUGAAACUCCAACAUCUGCUGAAGAUGUUAAUGAUGGCGAGAGUGAAGAAAAUGAUCUGCUAACUGUGCUGAAGCAAGAAAAAGAACUUGUGCAAAAGAAACUUCAGGCAGCUCUUUUAGCGAGAAGGGAAGUCAUCAAAAAGGCCCACGAGAAGGAUAAACUCCAUAUAGAACAGCUAUCGCAACAGAAGGAAGAAUAUAACCAGAUCUCCAAGCUGUAUUCCACGCAAACCAAAGAGCUGGAAAGUGUCAAAGAGCAGUUGUCAGUGCAUGAAACCAAGCUGACUGAGUUUGAGUAUAAUCAAGAAUUAAUAGGUUUGCUCCAAAACCAACUUAGUUCUGUUGAAGUCACACUUAGCGAUAAAGAGAACACUUUGAAGCAAUUUAGGCUUCAGCUUGAGGUACAGGAGAGCAAAAUGCUUGCUCUCUUAGGUCAGCAAGAUGGCAUUCAGAGCCUAGAGAAUAAACUAGCCACCAUGGUUUCCACGUUGGCCACUAAAGACAUGGACUUGAAAAGGCUUGAGAAAGAUGUUGAUCAAUUUUACCGGCAAAUAAACGAACUCCAAGCAGAACUGGAAAAUGCACAAAUUAUCAUUGCUGAUAAAUCUGAAGAAGCCCAAAUGCUAAAACAAUCUUUCUCCAAUUUGGAAUGUCAGCAUCAACAGGAAAAGGACAGUCAAGCUGCUGAAAUUAGUCAGUUAAGAAGUCAUUGUAAGUCCAUCCUGACUGAAACCGAAAACUUAAAAAUAACUCUGGAACAAACCACGAAGGAAAAAGAGAACCAUCAUUGCUCUCUAGUUCGUCUCGAGUCACAACUGUUAGAAUUACACCAAGAUAAAGACCUGUUUGUGGCACAACUGACUGCUCUUCGGAAAGAAAAUGCAACACUCACAGCAGCAUUGGAACAAACUGCACAGUCCCAAGAAAAAGUGCAAGACGACACGAUAUGCGCAGAAGAUAUAUUGACUGUAAAAUCAGAACUAGAAAAAGUGCAAGAGACUGUACAAGAAAGAGGGAGCACCAUAACAACUUUGGAACUUGCAUUGUCUGAAAAAGAGAAGCUUAUAGAAGGACUGCAAUUACAAAUACAAAAGCACUCAAUAUUUUAUGAAAUGGAAAAAGAAAGAACACAGACAAAUGUCUUAGAAGUACAACAAGGGGCACCAGAUAAUCCAGCAGAAACUAAAUCCAGAGAGCUGAUCCAGAGAAAAUUGCAAGCAGCAUUAAUAUCACGUAAAGAAGCCUUGAAGGAAAAUCAGACUCUGAAAUAUAAGAUUAACACUUUAGCAUCAGAAAAAGAAGACUUCAUGUCUAAGGUUUCUAUUCUUGAAAAGAGUUUGGUUGACAUGAAGAAAGAGCAAGAGCUCGUUCAAAUUGAAAUUUCAUCAAAUCACGAAGAGAAAAAAAAGCUUCUUUCUGAAGUCGAUCGAGUUUUCACUGAAAAUCAAAACCUAAUUGCUUCUUGUGACAGUCUGAAGUACACACUAGAGACUGUAUCUGAGGAGAAGCAGGUGUUUUCUCACCAACUGAAUUUAUUGAAAAAAACUCAGGCAGUAGAAACAUCAGAAUGGAAAGCAAAGUAUGAUGAAUUGAAACAAGAAUACGAGUCCCUUCUGCAGGCCUACGAAAACAUUGGAAAUGAAAUGGAUAAGAUGAGACAGAUCGUGGAGGCGACAAGGAAAGAAAAACGAGAAGUCCUUUUUAAAUUGCAUGAACUUGAGGCCAAGACGCAAGAUCUUGAGAAACAGCUCGAGGAAGCAACCGAUCAAAAUGAAAACAUGAAGGACAAGAUGAGAAAGUUUGCAAAAUCCAAGCAGCAGAAAGUUCAGGAGCUUGAGGAUGAGAUUGAAAGACUUAAUGAAUUCCAGACACGUUCUGCCGCAAAGCCGAGCCAAACAUUUCAGAUGUCUGCCCAAUAUAAUCAACUCCGAGAGGAAAAUAAAUUGCUCCAAGAAACCUAUGAGGAGCUUAAGAUACAAUUAGAGACGACUCAGAAUGAGAAAGAGCAACUACUGAAAGAAGUUAAUUUAUCUACAUCUAGCCGAGAAGACCUUCAGGCUAAGAAUAAUAUUUUUCAGUCUGAAUUACAGUCCCAAAUUAACUUUACACUCCAAAAAAAUGAGUCCUUAUCUUCAGAAAUGGACUCACUGUGGACAAAACUUGCAGCCAAGGAUGAAGAAGUCCGAGUUUUGGAAGAAGAAAGGUGUUUGCUCUCCGAGAAGCUUGAACGGUUAGAGUUGAGUUGUGAGGAGGAGGGCCACGAAAAGAAUCGCACAAUUGCAAGAAUUCAACACGAACUCAAAUCCCACCAGCGAGACACUGUCAAUUUAAACGAAAAAGUGAAAAUUUUAGAGGAUGACAAGUCUCUUCUCCAAGAAGAACUUGAAAAUGUCCAAGAAAUGUCAGACAAAGUCAAAAACGAAAAAGAAUAUUUGGAAGCAGAAUUACUUAAAAAUGCUGACCGGAUUGAUACAUUGACAGAGGAUCUAAAGACACUUAGGCUGCGAAAUAAUUUGCUCGUAAAUGAGUUGGAUUCUUUUAAAGAAGCUAAGCAUAAUUUGAUCAAAGAAAAGGAAAUGCAGGAAGUAAAGUUGGUGAAAGAAUUUGAGGAAAAACUACGGUCUGCUCAAAGCGGUAGCACUCGAUCUAAAAGCACAACCAAAGAGUUGCAAGAACUUCUCAAGGAAAAGCAACAGGAAAUAAAUCAACUUCAGAAGGACUGCAUUCGGUAUCAGGAACUCCUUUUAGACCUGGAGAGAAAAAUUAAGGCGUCUGAAUUUUCCAGUGAAGAAGUGCAAAAGAAAUUAGAAUUGAUGACAACCGAAGCCUCCAAAUCUGAUAAGGAAAUUAAAUGUCUUAAAGACGAACUGAUUAAUUACAAAAUCCUGCUCAAUGACACAAGAAGUGAAGCCGAUCGUCUCCGGGCUCAGUGUUCAGGGCUGAUGGACGAAGUCAGUGAGAAAGACGAGAAGACUAAAGCCCAGAUCACUGAAAAAGAAAAAGAACUUUUGAUGAUCCUGGAUCAACAGAAGACUGUUCAUAACAAAGAGAUAAUGGAUUUUCAGGAGAAACUGGAUUCACUGGAGCGAGAUAAAGACCGAGUGGUAGGAGAACUCCUAGAACUACAAGCUGAAUUGAAUGGGCGCGAUCUACAUAUUAAAAAACUUCAGGUCGAGUCAAAUAACAACUUGGCAAAAUUAGCAGCAUUUGCAAAAAGUAUGUCUUCUCUCCAGGAUGACCGGGAUCGGAUCAUUGAAGAAACCAAGCAGUGGGAAAAUCGUUUCCAAGAGACUAUCCAAAGUAAGGAGAACCAGGUACAAACAAAGGAUGAAAUGUUACAAAAACUUAACGAAGAAAUUAAGUUAAAAACCUUUGACAUUCAAGAGCUCCAACGCAGGGUUUUAAAGUUAGAGCAAACUAUAACUGAAAUUAAUUUAUGUAGUAAUGAUACAGAGGUGAAGUAUCAGAAAGAAAUUUCUAACUUGAAUGAUAUUAUUCGUGAACACUCUGAAAGACUAGAAACCACACAGAAGUCCCUAAAAGAAAAAGAGGAAUCUUUGUACAAACUAUCGCAAGAAAAUAAUAAUUUAAGAGUUCAACUGUCUGAUACGAGUGACUCUGUGAGCAAACUGGAAAUAACACAGCGAACGCUAGAAAAGGAGCUGGCAGAAAAACAGUCGGAAAGUCGCCAGCUUCAGUAUGAAAAUGAAGGAUUCUGCACGGAGCUUCAGAAGCAGAGUGCCAUUUCACAGCAGCUGAAGUCAAUGCUGAGCAAUAAAGACGCAGAGAUCUCCAAACUUGUGUCGUCAAAAGAUGGUGAAAUGUCUGAGUAUUUGUCAGAAAUACAAGGACAAUGUAGAAAGCAAAUAGAAGAUUAUGAUAGGAAGCUGCAGAUUCUUCAGGAUGAUAAGUAUAACGCUUACAGUGAAUGUCGGAAAACGGAAACUAAAGUGCAAGAGUUGCAAAUACAGUUUGACAAAGCCAGAGAGGAAAAAGACCAGGCUAUUGCAAAAAUGGACGCCUUUACAAAAUCAAUGACAUCCCUUCAAGAUGACCGUGAUCGAAUAAUUUCAAAUUACCGAGAGCUAGAGGAGCGCCAUCUCAGUACGCAACGUCAGAAGGACGGUAUCAUUCAGGAAAGCGUAACUGAAAACAGCAAAUUGAAGCAAGAGUUAAGAAAUCUCCUCAACCGAAUGGACGAUCUUAAUUCUGAAAAUGCGAUGCUCAAAGCACAACUGAUUAAGUACAGGGAAGAGCUCAACCAAGUCUUAUCCUUGAAGGACAAUCAACUGAAGGAGCUGUUGGAAAAACAACUACAACAAAUUAAAAAGCUUGAAAGUGAAAAGGUCAGCUUUGAGGAGCAGUGCAGAGAAGCGCAGAAAUCCCUCGAGCAUCAGAGUGAAAACACAAAAGCCUUACAAAUGGAGAAUGGCCAAAUUGUGGAACAGGUUGAAGAGCUCAGAACUAUUCUUGCGCAGAUGAAGAAAGAUAAAUCAGAAAUAAAUGAGACACAAUUAGUUCUUGAACUUGAACAAAAACUUGCAACUAAAGUUCUGGAGUGCAACGAGCUCCAAAUGGAUCUAAAUGUUAAAACCACCAAAUUGCUGGAACUGGAAAGGAAAAUUAUUGACGCUGAACAAUCUGCUGGCAAGAAAUUGUAUGAACUUCAGGCCAAGUCCACAGUAGCCAUGGAAAUGUUUCAACGCACCACUGAAACUGCAGAAAAUGAAACUAAUACAGCUGAAGUAACGGUGGCUGAAUUACCAGAAGACUUUAAGAUGGAUCAAAGACUUUUAGAUGUUUUGAACCAAAACCAAGAGCUUACUUCUCAGAUUAGGUCUUUGGAGAAAGCAAUAAUCUCCCUGCAGAAUGAGAGAGAUCGACUUAUAGACGAUCUAAAGCAACAGCAAAUCAAGCAUGAACUCAAGUCAAAAGGAGUUACUGGUUUGAAUGAUCAGACUUCGUGGAUUGGUAGUGAUGAUUCCGAGAUAUCGAGGUACAGAAACCGGGUGGAAGAACUUGAAAAGCUACUUCAACUAACUAAGAAGACGCAAGAACAAACUGAGCAGGAGAUUGCUUCCUACCAGAAUGAAUUGGCAGAACUAAGAUCUGAGAAGAACCUCCUGCUUACACAGUCCAAUGCUGUCAAAGAGCAGUAUUUGAUAGCGCUGGCAGACAGAGAGGCACAAAUUGCAGAGCUGAAGCAAUUGCAUCAAGAAGCGCGGGGAAGUGGGGCAGUGAGAACCCUGAGCAACACAUAUCCAAUACAGCGUUUAGAAGCGGUGUCAUUGGUGGGCAACGAGAAUGUUGCUGAACAGGUGAAGUCUCUUCUCGUGGAGAAGAAGCAGCUACAGAUUGAGGCCCAAGGCUACCUACAAGAGCUUCACCAAAAGGAGUUACAGUUUCAGCAGGUGAACGGCAAGUUCAUUGAAGAAAAGACCGUAUUAUCUAGUCAACUAAAAGCAGUGUCUCAGUCACUACGUGAUACUCAGUUGCGCUAUGGGGACCUGCAGAAUCGUUAUUACCGACUUGAAAGGCAGUACCAAACGAUGCGUUCUUCUUUACAAGAUGAGCAACAGGACGAAGCGAGUGAGGAAGUGCCACCAGGAGCUCCACAAGAACGUGCGAGUGUUAUCGUGGAGAUCGACAAUCUGGAACUCAGUGAGCUACAGAGGAGGCUUUUAGCGUCUGAACAACGUAACAAUUCAGCCCAGCAAGAGAUGUCCCAGUUAUCAGAAAUGCUGGCAGAUGAACGGUUGAGGAGACAUGGCGCAGAGGAAGCCUUGCUAAAGACCGAAGAAAGGCUUAAAACUCUCGAUACGGCUCCUAGCAGAGCAGCACCCAGAGAGUACAUGAUUCAGCUGGAAUCGGAUGAUGAACGUGAAGCUUUGAUCAUAGACCCCAGUGAGCAUGUUGUUGUCCAUAAGGUAAAGAGAGGAGCUCUCUCUUUUAAAAGGUGGCUGCGUGGACGAAGCUUCUACUGCUCGAAGCUAAUGGGUUCAAGAGCCAGAUCCCGAUACCUUGUCUUUGUGUACUUUGCGACACUACACAUUCUUGUUUUCAUGUGCCUGACAGGACUUUUAUGAAUGCAAUAAGUUGACCAGGAAGAAUUUUUAUGCUGGACAGAAGAUGUGCCAUUGUAAUUUUAUGAAGCUGCUAAAGAGUUGAGCACUGAUACUGCUGUGUAAAUUUUUUUCAUAUCAAAAUACUCUAUGAGGUAUAUUGUUGAAGUAUGUCUCACAAUUGUUGGAUGGCAUUGUAAAGUAAAUCGAGUCCAAAAUUGUAUUGUUCCCACAUGCUACUAAAUUCCAAAGAUACAUUGCUAUAAAUGGUUAUUUAAAUAGCUGCUUUAUGUAUAGUUUGUACAUAUUUUGUGAAGUGGAAAAGAAUAUUUAAACCCAAUCCAAGAAACAGGACAACUGUUAAAAGGUAGCAAGAUUACUUUUGUGUCUUUGAGUGCAUUUGUAAAUCGAAAUGGUACAGGUAGUUUAAGACACUGAAAUUAUUUGAUGGUUAAUGGCAAAUGCCCAACAUCAGGUUCAUCUUGACGAUGGCAAGACGUUUGUAACAAGAGUGCAAUUUAGUAACGCAGAUUUUGAAAACACUAUAUGUGUUUGGGAAUAAAGGCUUAUUAAGCGUUGAGCGUAUUCAAGUAGUUCUGUACUGUUUAGUUGCAUGAAUUGUGUUUUAGAUGAUAACUGGCAUUAAAAGCAAUGCCCGAGGUGUUUGUCACCAAACAAAAUAAAAUCUAUUUGUUUGUUAUUUUACAAAACAAUAAUGGGAUCUUUUUCGAGGCCACAUUGAGAAAUGAUUUUGACAAGGAUUCAAAUCUUCUAGAUGAUUGUUUCUUUGAAUGUCUGAAUCUAGUGGUUCAUUUCAGCUUUUAUCAACAUUACAACAGAUGUGGAUCAGCAAUCUGCUCACUCUGUAUUUCACUGUAAUUACUUUUAAUGUUACUUGAAAUGUCUUAUCAAAUGUUCAAAGCAACUGGAGUAGAAGGUUAUGUGACGUACAACACCUGGGGUGCUGAAACCAAUGCAUUGGAGUGUAAUCAAUAAUUGGGAGGAUGUCUCAAUAGAUAAAUGCAUCUUUGUGUAGUGUAACAUUCUCUAUGGCAAACAAUUGGGCUGUAUAUGCCUAGCUGACUGAGAUUCUGAGAAAAUGUUGCUAAAACUGACCAUGUUAACUAAAUAUUUCAUUACCUGUUCAAAGUAGUAAGUGGCUUCUGUUGUAUCGCUUUUAGAGCUAACACAGAACCACCCAAUCUCUUCAAACUGUAUUUUGCAGGAAUUGCAUCAAGGUUGUACAAUGGAGUAAUAACUGUUAUAGAGUUUGAUAUAUGAUAUGAAUAUUUUUAAAAAGACAAGGCGGCGAUCUCCAUUAGCAUGUCUUCACAAAGAAUCUUUUUUUUCACUGGAUGGUGCGAUGCUCUCAUUUAUCUUCAGAAUUUCAAAUGGAAAAAAAACUGAUCAAGACCAGUUGGUAUUGUACAAUGUAUAUUUAUUUAAAAAAAGCUGGUUUGAUGACUUGGGAUAAUGUAUAAAAUAUGAGAAACCAAUUAUUGCA